GGUACUACCGAACUAGGGUUUUGUGGUUUCUCUAUUCUCUAGCCUCGUCGCCUGCUCUCACUCACUUUGCUCUACCCCCUAAAUUCCUUCCACCUCCUCCUAACAUGGCCGUGGGAAAGAACAAGAGGAUUUCCAAGGGAAAGAAGGGAGGCAAGAAGAAGGCGGCUGAUCCUUUUGCGAAGAAGGACUGGUACGAUAUCAAGGCACCUUCAGUGUUCGCUGUCAAAAACGUGGGAAAAACCCUCGUUACUCGCACUCAGGGUACUAAGAUUGCUUCUGAAGGGCUCAAACAUAGAGUCUUUGAGGUAUCAAUGGCUGACCUUCAGGAUGAUGAGGAUCAUGCUUACAGAAAGAUCAGAUUGAGAGCUGAGGAUGUCCAGGGGAGGAAUGUGCUUACAAACUUCUGGGGAAUGGAUUUUACAACAGACAAGUUGAGGUCUUUGGUAAGGAAAUGGCAAACGAUGAUUGAAGCUCAUGUUGAUGUGAAGACAACUGACAGUUACACUUUGAGAAUGUUCUGCAUUGGGUUUACUAAGAGACGUCAAAACCAGGUCAAGAGGACCUGUUAUGCCCAGUCCAGCCAAAUUAGACAGAUCCGUCGCAAGAUGAGGGAGAUAAUGAUAAAUCAGGCAUCAUCUUGUGAUCUAAAGGAGUUGGUUCGUAAGUUCAUUCCUGAGUCAAUUGGAAAAGAGAUUGAGAAGGCAACGUCGGGCAUCUAUCCUUUGCAGAAUGUGUUUAUUCGGAAAGUUAAGAUCUUGAAAGCUCCAAAAUUUGAUCUCGGAAAGCUGAUGGAGGUUCAUGGUGACUAUUCAGAUGAUGUUGGUGUCAAGGUGGAGAGGCCUGCUGAUGAGACCAUGGCAGAGGUGCCUGCUGAACCAGUUGGAGCCUAAAUAAAGGAUAAUGAAGUUGCAUUUUAGUUGCCUUUUAUUUUUAUGGAAUGAGAAUUGUGUUGCUCCAUUUUUGUUAAAUUAAGAAGUUGGUUCUGCCUAUUUUUUUUCUUGCUGUGAUAUUUAAAGUAGUUUCGACGAUGGAAAAAAUUAUUGGUCGUCUAAUUAUGUAGACAUUCUGUUACUUACCCAUCCCAGCCAUCCAUCUGAACGCACAUGAAAUGUGUUUUAUUAUAAAGUAAGGUUGAUUUAGUGCGAA